AUGGCUGCCUCAGGUCCUCACGUCUCGAGUAUAGCUAUCAGCGGUGAAACCGGCCUGUCUCGUGGAAAUUACACGCCUAUUCCACAACCACCCACCAUUCCUCUUCUUCGCAACGCUCUUCAAAUCGACAAGAAGCUCCCUUACGAGAGCUUCCGCUUGCUACAUCGACAAUAUGGCGAAAUUUAUCUCCUUGAAUUGCCAGGCAGUCGUGUUGUCUUCCUCAACAGCCAUCGGCUGACACUUGAAGCACUCGAUGAGAAUACGUUUCACAAGGCGAUAACAGGUGGCUUACUCGAGCUGAGAGGUCUCGUUGGAGACGCUCUCUUCACGGCUCAUCACGGCGAACACAAUUGGGAAAUCGCUCACCGCAUUCUUACGCCUGCAUUCUCUCCAGCGAACAUAAAGGGAAUGUUUGGAGACAUGUUCGAUAUUGCCAGUCAACUCGUCCUCAAAUGGGAACGCUACGGUCCGGAACACAUUAUCCUUCCAGCCGAAGACUUUACGCGCUUAGCCUUCGACACGGUGGCUUUAUGUACAAUGGGUUACCGAGUGAACAGUUUCUAUAAUGAUGCAGUCCAACCAUUCAUUGUUUCCAUGGCAGACUACUUACUCGAAGCACAACGUCGAGCUACCAUACCCUCCGUCGUAAAAGCGCUUUCGAGCACUGCGAAGUGGGAUGCGGACAGGGCGCUGAUGAAUGAGAUUGUUAGCAAAGUUAUCACUGACAGGCGGCGAAGCGGUACUCAGCGUGGCGACCUUCUCGAUCUGAUGCUCCACGGAAAGGAUCCAAAGACUGGAGAGUUGCUCUCAGAAGAGAACAUUCGCUAUCAGGCAGGCCAAACUUGCUAUCUUUCUCUCGCCCAAACUGACCCGUUUGACAUAGCUUAUCACAUUCAUGAUUGCCGGACACGAGACAACCUCAGUCCUGCAUCGUAUGCCAAAGUCCGCGAAGAAGUAGAUCGUGUUCUUCAAGGGAAGCCUAUACAGCCAGAGCAUCUCAGCAAACUACCUUAUAUUGUUGCUGUCAUGCGUGAGGCCCUACGACUUCAUCCUCCGGCUCCAGUAAUCGCCGUCACACCCUAUGAAGACACCAUCCUUUGUGGAGAGUACCUGGUUCCCAAAGGAACUAUUGUAGUGCCUCAAAUAGCCCGGAUACAGAGAGACCCAGCUGUCUGGGGAGAAGAUGCCGAGAAGUUCAAACCCGAAAGGAUGCUAGACGGAAAAUUUGAAGAUCUACCCCCGAAAGCAUGGAUUCCUUUUGGAAAUGGAGCAAGGGCGUGCAUCGGUCGACCAUUUGCUUGGCAAGAGGCCAUCAUCGCGUUAGCUACCUUGUUCCAGCGGUUCGACUUUGUCAUGGCAGACGAAAGAUACAACUUAACCCUCAAACAAACCCUGACCAUCAAGCCCGACAACUUUCACAUCCGUGCAAUCCCUCGAGACAAUGCACCUCCUCUUGUCAUUGGAGCAACGUCAGCACCAAAGCCUUCCAUCAAUGUUGGUGAAGCGGCCCCUGCUGCUCUCUCCAACGAAGAGAUGGAGAAAAAGGUUCCCAUGGCUGUCCUCUACGGCAGUAACACUGGCUCUUCAGAAGCCUUUGCACAACGGAUCGCGUCGGCUGCAGCUAGCAACGGAUUCAAUGCCAGGAUCGCCACCCUCGAUGCAGCCACGGGACACUUGCCGACAAUUGGACCCACUGUGAUCAUCACGGCAUCAUUCGAAGGCGAACCCGCAGACAAUGCCGGUCGUUUCGUACAAGAUCUCACAACUAUGAACGAUACACCAUUGGAAGGGGUAUCUUACGCCGUCUUCGGAUGCGGAAACCGAGAUUGGGCACUUACUUAUCAGCGUAUCCCCAAGCUUAUUGAUGAGAAGAUGGAGGCUGCAGGCGCGAAAAGACUCCUGGAACGUGGAGAAGGCGAUGCAGCUGGUGCGGAAUUCUUCGACUCAUUUGACGCCUGGGAGGUCAAACUCUGGGAGACUCUUUCCACGAUUUACCACACGACAAGCACGAAUCGUCCAACGGAAGAAGAACUGGUUGUCAAGCUUUAUGGAACAGGCAUGGAGCGUGCCAUCUCCUUGCGACAGCCUGAUGCCGCACUCGGCAAAGUGGUCGAGAAUCGUAUUCUCACUUCAAAUGCGGAGCAAGAGAAGAGACAUAUUGAAUUCGAGCUACCGGAGAAUAUGACCUACAACGCUGGGGACUACCUGGCCAUUCUGCCCACCAAUCCUCCCGCAUCUGUUAGGCGUGUGUUUGCAAGGUACAAACUAUCGGAAGAGGCUAUGAUUACGAUUAACGCUAGUGGCGCCACCACCCUCCCUACGGGCCGACCGGUCGAGCUCAAGCAAGUACUGAGUGGAUACGUCGAGCUGUCCCAACCGGCAUCGAAGCGGAACCUCGAGACCCUCAUUGAAGCUGCUGAUGAGGCCGUAAAGCCGGAGUUGAGGGCUAUGGCCUCGGCAUACAAAGACACCGUGGUCGACAAGAGGAUCAGUGUUUUGGACAUUCUAUGCAAGUAUCCGACAUUGCCUAUCUCAUUGGGAGUUUCUGGCUAUGCUCCCGGCAAUGCGAUCAACUCACCUGCAAUCAGCGGUACCGGCGAGAUCUUCCAAGGCGUGGCAUCCAACUUUUUGGCCAACCUGCGACCAGGGGAUCUCGUCCAGCUCAUGAUCCGCCAAUCCGCUACGACGUUCUCUCUACCUGUCGACCCGGGUGUUCCCAUCGUACUCUUUUGCGCAGGCACCGGACUCGCACCUAUGCGCGGUUUCAUCCAGGAGCGUGCGAUGCAGAUUCAAAGUGGUCGAAAAGACAUUGGCAAGAUUCUCCUCUUCUUUGGAUGUCGAGAUCCAGGCAAGGAUUAUCUCUAUUUCGAGACCGAUCUUGGGAAGUGGAUCGAGCUGGGUGUGGUCGACGUUCGACCUGCGUUCUCGCGGGCACCAGAGAAAAGCGAAGGGUGUCGGUACGUUCAAGAUCGCAUUAUGAAGGAUGGUGAUGAGGUUCGAAAAUACUUUCAGGAGAAGGCCAAGUUCUUCACAUGUGGUGGGACGGCUGUUGCUGCUGGGGUUCGUGAAGCUUGUAUCAAGUUGAUAGAAGAGGGCUGCGGCUCGCGGGAUGGUGCAGUCGAGAAGUUUAAAGCACUUCAGAAGGAGCGCUACGCCACUGACAUCUUUGGAUAA